AUGCCCCAGGGAUAUCCCAACGCCGUUGCCUCACCCGCGGACCCUAGCCCGUCGGGUCUCAAUCCAGACAAGCUCCAGCCUCUUGGAGCGACGUCCCCAGGAUCUUCCGGUGCCAGUUCCUCGUCCGAGGAAUCUAGCUCUCAGGCACCUUUCCGCCCAAAAGAGGUAUUUCCUGAUGACGAAGAGUCAGAACCGUUACUUCCUUCCCAGCCUGACGACGAGUCUGGGAGCUCUUCCGGGGAACCUAGCUCUCAGGCACCUGCCGAAUCAAGUGAAUUAUCUCCCCCUGAAGACGAAGAGUCAAAAGCAGCACUUCUUGAAGAUCGUUACGUGAGAUCUUCUGACGAAGAUGUGGAUCCCAAUGACGAUUCGUGGCCCUCGUCAGAGUCCGACGACACCCAAACACUAGAAAAUAUGGAUCCAAACGAUGGACCAACACUACCUAAGAAUGUGGAAAGUGCCAGGGGCCUUCCCGAGCGAUUGACCGGGACAACGGCAGCUAUGGAAAAAAUAGCCAUUGCGCAGGGUUCAUCGUACGCGGGGGGGCCGAGCUCGCGGCGGCAGCAGCAGCAACCUCCGGAGGGCUCUUCGGGCAAGGGUAAAGCUAAAGUUGAAGAGCCCCCCAGCAGUGAUGGUGAGACUGACGACGAGGACGACAGUUGA